AUGUCCUUCUGGGGCCGCAAGCCUGCCCCCCCGCCCCCUCCACCACCCGCCCCGCCCGUCGUAGCUGCCACGGGCCCGCAAAUCGAUGCCACGACGGUCGUCUCUUUGCUCGGAGUGCUUGCGCUCCUCGGCGGCGCUUACGGCGCGAGCAUCAAGAUCCUGCCGCUAACCACCACCCUCAAAACGCGCAUCCUGUUCGUAUGGCAUCUGUUCGACGCGCUCAUACACUUCGUCUUCGAGGGCAGCUUCCUGUGGAACUGCUUCUUCGUCGCCUACGCCCUGCCGACGAGCUUCACCGCACAGGCCCAGGCGAAGAAGGUCACGCUGUUCACGCCGCCCGACGUGUACUGGCUGGGUCGACAGGACCUCUUGUACGGAGCCAACUACGGGAGCACCCCAUUCAGCCGGCUGUGGCAGGAGUAUGCGAAGGCGGACAGGCGGUGGGGCGGCACGGAUCUGACGGUCGUGAGCCUGGAGCUGUUGACUGUGUUCGUGGCGGGCCCGUUGGCGCUGUGGAUCUGCUAUCUGCUGAGCAAGGAUGAGAAGAAGGGGGGGCUGAGGAAGUGGUUUUGGAUGAUUGUUCUGGCAACGGCCGAGAUUUAUGGUGGCUGGAUGACCUUCGCUCCUGAAUGGUUGACGGGCAGUCCGAAUCUCGACACGUCCAACUGGAUGUACCUCUAUCUCUACCUCCUCUUCUUCAACGGCCUGUGGGUCGUCUUCCCCGGAUGGAUCCUGUGGGAAGCAUACCGAGCCAUCAGCGCCGGCAUGAGCCAGGCAGAGAUGGUCGACCUGGUCAACUACCUGGGCAAGAAAGACGACUGA